CUGAUCUACAUCCACUUGAUCCCUGAAAAGGAAAUCUAAGAGGUUGUAACUAUCACUUUUUCAAUCCUAUAUAAGGUAAAAGAUGAGCAUCACGGACGUGCUUAGUGCUGAUGACAUUGCAGCUGCCCUGCAGGAAUGCCAAGAUCCAGAUACUUUUGAGCCCCAAAAGUUCUUCCAGACAUCAGGCCUCUCCAAGAUGUCAGCCAGCCAGGUGAAGGAUGUUUUCCGGUUCAUAGACAAUGACCAGAGUGGAUACCUGGAUGAAGAAGAGCUUAAGUUUUUCCUCCAGAAAUUUGAGAGUGGUGCUAGAGAACUCACCGAGUCAGAAACCAAAUCUUUGAUGGCCGCUGCAGAUAAUGAUGGAGAUGGAAAAAUUGGGGCUGAUGAAUUCCAGGAAAUGGUGCAUUCUUAAAAGCCCCAGUCUGUGGAGAAAAGAGAGAAAGGGACACUCAGCUGGAAGGCCUCCAAAGCCCUGGGAAUGGGAAACCCCACAUCCUACCACAAACUAAUUUAUUAAUUUCCCCCAAAACAUUUCUGAAAUUUGCUCAUUGCCUGAGUAAGGAAAUAAGACACACUCCACGGCUUUUUUGGUGGUGGGUAUGCCCCGAUGACCCCUGUAAGGCCCCUGCAGGCAACACCUUUAAA